GUUCUCAGUCUCCACACGGAUUUAAAGACUUGGAAUUACACCGAUGAUACCUUUCCCGACGGCAAUCAUGGAGUCCCUCCAGAGCUGUGUCCACCAUGUCGCUCUCCGUGCGCCCAUCGCGCAGAGUCAUCUCCAGGAACAUCACUAGGAGCCAGUCCUUUGCCGGAGUCAACUCCUACGAUAAGCCUUACAGGAACCUAUCUGUAUUCAGUACUCCGGCCUGCGUGAGGAAAACGCCCUCCAGAGCAAGCAGGAUGUUCACCCUUUCUGCAAAAUCACCACCCCCAAAGGUGCCCCAGCCCGAAAGACUCGAUGAGGUCUACGAGGCCCUCAAGAGAGGAUUGCAGUCCUACCUGCAAGUCCAUCAGAUGGAACUGGACAGCCUGAACAAACAGAUGAAAGAGUCUAAGAGAAACUCUCGCCUGGGUUUUUUGUAUGAACUUGACAAGCAAGUAAAAGUGAUUGAGAGGUUUAUGCGCCGACUGGAAUUUCACCUUAGCAAGAUCGACGAGCUGUACGAGGCCUACUGCAUGCAGCGCAGACUGCGAGAUGGAGCCAAUAAGAUGGUGAAGGCCUACACGGCUUCCUCAGGGAGCCGUGAAGCACGAGAGAGUUUAUCAGAAGCCAACAAGGGUUUCAAAGAGUACACAGAGAAUAUGUGUAUGCUAGAGAGUGAGCUGGAAAACCAGUUAGGAGAAUUCCAUAUCAAAAUGAAAGGUCUUGCAGGCUUCGCACGCCUCUGCGCAGGAGACCAAUACGAGAUCUUUAUGAAGUAUGGGCGGCAGCGCUGGAAGCUGAAGGGACGGAUUGAGAUCAAUGGGAAGCAGGUGUGGGACAGUGAAGAGAUGGUCUUCCUCCCCCUUAUCACGGAAUUCCUCUCAAUAAAGGUGACAGAGCUGAAGAGCCUGGCCAAUCACGUGGUGGUGGGGAGCGUAUCGUGUGAAACAAAGGAUCUGUUCUCUGCAUUGCCCCAGACUGUAGCAGUGGACAUUAAUGACCUUGGCACCAUCAAACUCAGCCUGGAGGUCACCUGGAAUCCCUUCGACAAAGAUGACCAGGCCUCCACAGCCAGUACAGUGAAUAAAGCUCCCACAGUCAACAAACGGUUCUCCACCUACAACCAGAGUCCGCCAGACACUCCUUCCCUCAGGGAGCAGGCCUUUUAUAACAUGUUGAGGAGACAGGAGGAGAUUGACAAUGGAACAGCCUGGUCUAACUCCUCUGAGUCUUCAGAUGAUUCCUCCAGUCCCCAGCUGUCUUUAGGGAUGCGUCAUGCCCACAAGAACGUGGUCCAGCCUGAAGUCCAGAAAGCAGCACCUGCCAUCGAGAUCUCAUUCGCACCCCGCGAGUCAGCCACCUCUACCCCUACCCGCUUAGCCAAUCAGAAAGAGGAAGAUGAGGAGGACGAGGAUGAACAGACACAGAAACCAGUGGCCGUGGAAGAGACCAUCGCUGAGGCUGCUGGCCAACAGGCCCUGCCCAAUGGCCACGCCCGCUACUCCCGCUCCCUCAGUCACAUUAGCGAGAUUAGCGCAGAUGGUGCUUUGACUGACAGGUCAACCACUGAAUCGGUGGAGCCUUCGGAGGUGGCCUCGGUGAUUUCAUCUGUGUCUGCGACUGACAUCGCCACGGAGAUGCCGCCCAAAACUGAGUCAUGUCCCGUGACGCCAGAGACUCGGAGUCUUGAGCCAACUACCCCUGACCCAACGAACACCUCUCAGCCUAUGAACUUGUGCAUAGAGAAGGAGGCAGAAGGAGGUGUCGUAGCAGAGGACCUGUGUGACUCAGCAGUGUGUGAGGAGUCUCAAGUGGAGCUCAGCUCAGAGACAAGCUCACUCUCUUGCGCCAGGAGCGAGGAGGAUUCUGCCUGUGCUCCACCCAAAACUGAGACAUCAGCCCAUCAGGGUGACAAUGUAACUCACAGGACCAGUUCUCUAGCAGCAGGCCCAGAUGCAGACAGCCCAAUCCAGACACCUAUACUGACCCAGGCUGCUGUGCUGGAGGCCGAGAGGUCCGCUGGUGGUGCUGACAUUAAUGCAGCGGACAGUGGGAUAGAGGAGGCCCUGGGUGCAGUCAUCUCUGCUCUGGAUGACUACAGGGGACAGUUUCCAGAGCUACAGGUCCUGGAGCAAGAACUCAGACUACUGGAGGAGGCACUGACGGGUCGGACUCGCAGCCGUUCCUCCAGUGUGAGUCUAACAGUUGAAACGGCCCUUGGGAGCUUUGAUUUCCUUAACACGUCUGACCUGGAAGAGGAAGAGGAGGAGGAGGAAGAUGGAGAAAGACACAGCAUGACAGAGAGUGAGCAAAAACGGCCGGCGGAUGAAAGCGCUGGAGAAGAUGAGGGUUGUGAGGAGCGGUGCUGGGAAACUCCCUCUGGUCCCCUGAGCACAGGCUGCCAGGCUCUAGAUCGCACACUGCUGGUGCAUUUGAAGAACUGCAGCUCCCAACUGCUGAGACUGGGAACCUUUGGGCCUCUCCGCUGUGGGGAGAUGUAUGCCCUGGACCGUCUGCUCAGGGAGGCUCGUGUUCUUGAGCUAAUACGACGCGUUGCCAAGGAUACACCGGGCGGGGUCAACCAACCUGAAGAAGUGGUACCCCAGCUAGAGCAGUGCCAAGGGGCUGUGUUGCUAUGGAAGCAGAGCACAGAUGGUUCCACUGUGUACAGCACCUCCACUGAGGCCUUCCUGCAGGCACUGGCCACUGCUUACACCAGCAAACUACCAGAGAGAGGAGCUGGGUUUCCUGAAACAGUGUUUUUGCGUCUGGUGGAGCGUAUUUUGGAGAGGAGGUUACCCAGACGAGGAGGAGGAGCGGCCAAAGAGACUCUCACACUCUUCCAGUUUUGGAGUUACCUGGAGGCUGAGGGAGUUAGUGACUUGGACACACAUGUCGUAGAGCUGGCUGAGGAGGUGUGGCUGGUUCAGUCGCUGCAGUCUGGAGAUCAGGAUGUGCUCGUGAAGGUACUGAAGAAGCCUCCAGAGUGCAGUCUGAAGAGGGAGGGCCUGAGGGCAGUCAGCCUGCUGUUGAGGGACCCCAGAGGGAAGGUGUGCAGUGCUGCCAGCUCCCUGCUGCGGAGCCUAGCAGACCAGCCCCGCCACCGAGAAAGGGCUUUAGUGAGCUGUCUUGAGCUGCUGGAGGAUGAGAGUAUGGAGACACGAGCGUGUGGCUGUAAGGCCCUCGCUUGUCUGAAGGCCAAAGAGAGCAUCGACCAGCUGGUUUACCUUUGUCGGACAGAUAAAGAUGAUGUGAGAGAUGCUGCCAAACAAGCUCUGCUCGUGCUUGGUGAGGAGGGGAAGAUGGCCCAUCGACACAUUGAGUCAUCCCACGACAGCAUCCCUCGCCUUUUCGCACCCGGCAGCAUGGCUAGCACCGCCUUCUGAUCUAAUUCGCCAGUCAAACUGUCACUCUGCAGUACCGUGUUACAUGUGGAAAUAAACAGAACAAGCCGCCAGUACACAGAGUCAUGAUCAUGCCAGUGAAACACUAGCAAUUAUAUUGUCAUUAACCUCCAGAUCUCAAACACUUAGAGUGGGUUCACCGUCACAUACUUAAAACUAAUGGAGUUUGAGCAGUGUCUUAAACCAAGACUGAACUGAAUCACAUACAAUAAAUGAACAUGAAUACUCAUAUUUCUCAAUCUGUAUAUUAAUAAGAUAUCAUGUUGAUAUCCUUUGAGAGGCGUGACAAUGUUAGGUGAUUAGUGUAAGAGAUUCAGAGAAGCAGUGUGGAAGACAGAGUGUUUUUUUUUCUUUUUUUGCUGCCUUAUGAUUUGAUCUGAUGGUGUUGCCUUCACAAUUCACGGAAGUUGGACGUCUGCAUCGGCAAAAACACAGACCAGCGGACUGAAAGGCUCUCCGAAGGGGUAUGAAAAUGGAAAAAAGUGUUCCAAUCAUUUUGAUUCUUGCAAGGACCCUCUGUUUAAUCCGCUGAGGUUUGU